GAAGAAGGAUGGCGCACGCGGGGAGAACCGGCUAUGACAACCGGGAGAUCGUGAUGAAGUACAUCCACUAUAAACUGUCGCAGAGGGGCUACGAGUGGGACGCCGCAGGCCCCGAGGCCGCCCCCACGCGUGGCAUCUUCUCCUCCCAGCCCGGGACGCACCCCGCCGCCGCCGCCCCGGGCCCGGCGCUCAGCCCCGUGCCACCUGUGGUCCACCUGACGCUGCGCCAGGCCGGCGAUGACUUCUCCCGCCGGUACCGCCGGGACUUCGCCGAGAUGUCCAGCCAGCUGCACCUGACGCCCUUCACCGCCAGGGGGCGCUUCGCCACGGUGGUGGAGGAGCUGUUCAGGGACGGGGUGAACUGGGGCCGCAUCGUGGCCUUCUUCGAGUUCGGUGGGGUCAUGUGCGUGGAGAGCGUGAACCGGGAGAUGUCGCCCCUGGUGGACAACAUCGCCCUGUGGAUGACCGAGUACCUGAACCGACACCUGCACACCUGGAUCCAGGAUAAUGGAGGCUGGGACGCCUUUGUGGAGCUGUACGGCCCUAGCGUCCGACCCUUGUUUGACUUCUCCUGGCUGUCUCCGAAGACUCUGCUCAGCUUGGCCCUGGUGGGGGCCUGCAUCACCCUGGGUGCCUACCUGGGGCACAAGUGACGUCCCGGGCCUUCCCCCAAACCAAUAUGCAAAAGGUUCACUAGAGCAGUAGAAAUAGUAUGCAGCGUCAGUGACGCACCGAGAAAUGCAGUUGUGGUCUCUUUAGAAAGAAAGCAAAACACAACACACACACACACACACAGAGCUUUCAGGCAAAACGUUGAAUCAGCUAUUUACUGCCAAAGGGAAAUAACAUUUAUUUUUUACAUUACUAAGAAGAAAAAGGUUUAUUUAUUUAAGACAAUCCCAUUGCAGCUCCCGUUUUCUUGGAAACCCUAUCACUAGCUGCCAGGCCGGCGUGUGCGCCUCCCCCUGUGGCGCGGCCGUGCCCGGAGCGCAGACGCACCUGCUAUCGGAAGAGCCUGUGCGGAAGCCCAGCCGAGGCCCCUCCGGGAUGGCAGAGGCGAGGCCGGGGAGAAGGUGUUCUUCUCCCGGUUGCAGUCACCGGCCCUGGCGCUGAGCCGUGGCAGGCAGGGUUCUCAGAGGGGCGGCCAUUCUUCCCUGAAGAACGGGCACUUGACCGUAGGAUGCACACGGUACUCACCCCAUGAACGGACUCACCCCGGGAACUUCUUCAGACGGACGUGGUACCCGCUGAGACUUCCCCAUCGAAGGACAGGGAAGGGAAACAAACAAGAAAAAAAAAAAGGCCCUUAAACCAUAGGAAAGUAUUUUUUUAAGCUACCAAUUGUGCCCAGAAGCAUUUUAGCAGUUUGUAUACGCUAUCAUCCAGUACCUUAACCCCUGAUUGUGUAUAGUCCUAUAUUUUGCAUAUGUCCCCCGUCCCCUCCAAUACUUGCUCUGUGUGAGUAGGAAACAGAAUCCUCGGGAUUGGAGGAGUUGGGGUGUUUUGGUGACUUCUUCGCCAUCAGGAAGACUGGAGUCACCCAGACCAUCAGGCGGCCACAAGUGCCUGCGUUCAGGAGACUCACAUCUGCAGAUGCGGCCUCCGGGGAGAGCUUCAAACAGAGCAGUGUGGUCUCCAAAUGGCUGGAAGCUGAGCGAGCUCAGAGUUUCCACUGUCAAGAAAGAGCAAUAGGGGGUGUGGAGCCCCCCAGAUGGGCCUGCUCACACAGGGAGUGCGGCUGCGUGGAACACAAGUCUUCUGAAGACACGCGUCACUGGAGGGAGGGAAGCGGGCUCCAUGCCUCUCCUUUCCCAGCAGAGGGACGUGAGGUGUAAGGGGAGGAAACGGCCCAAGCCCUUUAGGCCUCUGUGCAUGCGUGUUGGCGGCCCUCAGCCUGUCUUGUGGCUCAGGGAAGGCUUCGGAUGACCUUGAGAGGGUUGGUCACCUGUCCUAAAGGAAGCGUUGAAAUGAAGUGUCAUGGAUUAAAUGACCUAUGUCUAUGGAAUUACAUGGGAAACAUUGUCUUGUCAUUGUAGUUGGUUUUGUUUGAAAACCUGAUAGAGGAAGAGAGGGGGGAAAAAAGUAGUCCUAGGUGUGGAGUGUGGGGAUUAGAUGUUCAACCUGGGGCAUUAAAAAAAAAAGGUAAUAAUAAUAAUAAUAAUGGUGGAAAGUUGUAGAGAAGUAGCAAAAGACGUGAAAGCUCUGGCUAAUAAAUGAGAAAAAAAGAUUUUGAGUUUAGAACCAUCCUGGAGACAUUUGUGGAAGAACUUUGUGGCAUUAUCACAUUAUAUACCAUUUAUCUGUAUUAACUUGGGAAUGUACUAUGUUUGAUGUUUAAUGCUGUGGUUGAUAUUUCAAAAGCUGCUUUAAAAAAUACAUGCAUCUCAGCAGUUUUUUUAAAAGUAUAUUUAGUUAUAGCCUCUACCCUAUUUGUUAGAGAAAAAUAUGUUAAUUUUCCAUCAGAGAUAUUUGUGUCUUUGAUACUUCAGAAGCAUUUUUUUUGAGGCGGGAUCAGCCCUGAGUCUCAGCAACCUGAGCAACCUCACUUUCUCCCCCACUGAAGCUCUGUCUGAACCAGUGCAGCCCUCCGUGUGUGCACUUCUGGAUCCACAGGACUACUCAUUGUCACGUAUCUAUUGUUCCUUUGACCUUGUUUCUUGACAGUUUACUUGUCCCCAGGCAAUUCAGCAUUUUAACUCAUGUUUCCUAGGAUGACAUGCAUGUCUGGCUCAACCCAUGGGGUUCAUUCAGUUGGAAGUCCAGAUGGGAAAGAGCCAAAGGACAAAAAUCUGGCCAUCACGGUGGGCCCUGCCAGGAGUUGCUUUGGUGUGGCUUAUUUCAACAGAUGCAUCCAGAGCCCUCCUUCCGCAGUGCCCUUCCCAGCGGCCUUCUUUCCCAGCCCUUCCUGGAAUUCGAGGGGUUCCCUGAGAAAGCCGAAAACCCACCUCGGAGUGGCACAGGCUCCGGCGGGGCUCAGGGAAAACAAUGGCCAGACCUUUUGAAUGAUCCUGCUUUUUGUAAGCAAAUUCUUAUUUUCUGAAAGGUUUACAUGCUCAACAUGGUGAAUAGAGGAUUUCAAACCUUGUGCUGCUAUCCUGCAUGGAUCAUGUUCCUGGCGUCGGGUUGCAGUACAUGGCGCAGAGGCCGGAUCUGCCAAGCUGCUUUCAGAGUAACGUGAAGAACACGGACUUCGGUUUUGUUUUGUUUUUUAACUAUAAAGCUCAUUUUGUCUUUUGUUGUUGUUGUUGUUGUUCAAACUGGGAUAUGCAGAGUAUUUGAAAAUGUAUAUAUAUUAAAAGUCAUGGGGCCUAACUUCUGGCUGGUUUCCUUUGGGAGUUUUGUUGUCUGAUUUUAAGGGUAGUUGCACCCAGCCACCCAACCCCAGGACGGAACAGUAUUGUGGCUCUAAGAGUAGUGGAUGUUGCAUCUUUCUUCUUGUUAAACAUGUUAGAAGCAAUGAAUGUAUAUAUAUAUAAAAGUCUCCACUAGUCCAUUUUUUUUCCUUCUCUUUUUGGUUUUGUCUCAACCCUUUUGCAGUCGGGCAACAGAGAACCAUCCCGGAGAAUGUCAUAUUGAGCAGGGACUCACACCUGAUUGUCAGUUCUUCUUAAUACUUUGAAUCUUCUCCAUGUUGGCUGAGGUCGGAAGAGAACAGAACACACAUGCUCCUCCCAGAUGGGAUCCAGCGCUGUUCAUGGAGCGCUCAAGAAGAACUGCGUUCCACGACUUCCCUGUGCCCUGGAAGCUUCACUGCCUGGGCAGCCCAAAGGAGGAAAGGAAACAGCCCCCCCCCCCAGCGAAUCUGCAAGAGCUCACAAUGUCUGUAGGUUUAAGCUUUGGAUUAAGAUUACAUUUUGAAUUAAGGACAUGCCUCAAAAACACAAUGUGGUGGUCUCAGGUCACUUGUCUCUGCUGAUGGUAAAUGUCUAUUGCUUAUACCUGACGUGGGGGUGGGGGCAGGGCUGGGGGGGGCAUGCUUGUACAUCCAAGAACCAUUAUAAAUCUGAUAGUGAUAAUCAGAAUUAAAUGUACACUAUUGGGGGGGUCCCAGUACAUCUCCAGCGCUCACAUAAGAACCUAUUAAAUGGACAGAACUGCACACAGUCUUUAUUUGUCAUUAAACUAAAACAAUUCAUAAAUGUGAGCUUCAAGUCUAAGUCCAAUUGUACUCUGAGGGCAGUAGCUGUUUUUAUACUUUCUUAUCACUUAUAGUUAGAAACGUAUACCUACUCUAUCAGAAAAGAAAAAAAAACACAGGAAAGGGCUUGAAAUAUAAACCAGCCUAAGGAAAUUAAGGAGUCAGUGGAAAUUCCAUUCUGAUCUUAUUCUGUGGUGUCUGUUGCAGCCCAAACAGAUGUGGUUACACACUUGAAGAAAUACAAUUCCACAUUGUCAGGCUUAUGAAUGUUCCAAUCAGAUCCGUAUUGUAACUCAGUUUGAAUCUCUCAAGGAUAUUUUUUUAGAAUUAUUAUUACUAUGAGACAAAGGAUAGUUGUGAAGGUAGGAGGGAGAAGAAAAUGAGCAAAAUAGUCUCAAGAUUGGGCCAAGGAGGGGAGGUUUUCAGAAAGCCCAGGACUCUGGGAGUUGAGAACUUUCUAUUGAGUCAACAUGAUGUCUUCAUGAAGGCCCCUAAGCAUCAAGUGAAAAUCAUUUUUCAUUUCUGUGGUGCAUUAGGAUUCCAGAGCUAUUGGCCCAGUUCAAAGACGAGCUUAGUAGGAACAGGCAAUAUUAUGUUUCCGCUGGCGAUGUCCUAAUGGAUAUUAACAAUAAACUUGCCAUUUUAACCAAAAGGCUAUUUAAUGACCAUCUUCUAGUUGGUAGGAACAUCUGUUUCUAAAUGUCUAUUAUCCACACACAAAAAGUUUAAAUUAAAUUAAACAUUGUGAAGUGGUAUUGGGUAAAUGAUCAUAGGAAUCCCUUGGCCUUACCCAACAAAUCAUUCCAUCCUACCGUCUUUGGACAACCAUGAAAUCUGCGUCUCACUGGGCACAAAGAAAACCAGAUGGAGUAUGAAUGGUACCACACCAAUUCAUCAUGAAUUGGUGCCCUAGAAAAACACACUAUUCUUUUUCAUGUACCAAAACUAAGUACAGAAGAUAAAAAGCACGUCUGGAAGGUGGGAAGGCCAGCUUACCAGAAGUGCUGGUUCUGUUACCCAUCGUGAGAGCCACGGCUCUGCUCAGCAAUGCCACACAUCCCGUCUUCAUUUUGGAAAUCUGCAGUGGGCCCAGCAGCUAGCUCAUUUCAUUAAAUUUCUCCCCCCAGGGUAGCGUCGAAAGGAUUGACGGCUGAUUAAAUUUGGGGAAGGGGGAACUUUCCUAUGGAAGUUGUGGGUUUUCUUUUUCUAAUACUAUCAAGUUUCCACCAAUUUUUGUUCUUGUUUGGAAUUACUGGAGGUAUUUUUCUUUUAAAUAAAUAAGUGUACAAUAAAUAUUUUGUAUUGAAAGCUUUGGUCAUCAAGAUUUUCAUAAUUUUACCUUCCACAGGCUGCUUUUAAGAUUGAUGCUUUUUAUAGGGGUGGCUGAUAUCCACAACACUGUACAUACAAAAAGAUUAUAUAUAUAUAUAUAUGCUAAGCAUACUUUACAUAGUUAAGUAAAGUGAGUCUUCAGUUAGCAACCAUUAAACAUAAUGGCACUUUGUUUGUGUUGUUGGAAAAUGUCACGUUGCCAUUAACCUUUCCUUGUCUAUCCAGUUAAUUUUGUGAAGAAAAAUAAAGUACAGUGUGAGAUAUCAA